UAAGAAUCGAUCACUCAUAAAUCCAUUCACCAACCCAGUCAUUUUCCGGAUCUAAGACCAGACCGGAUUGUCGAUUGCCGAGCGUAAAUCCAGAUAUUUGUUGUCAUUAGGAUCUACAUGAACGUUCAGAUGAAGCUUUCAAAAUACAACUAAAGGCGGCUGGUGUGCAUAUAAUCAAUAUCAAUGACUGUAUCAGUCCGUUUUAUUCUCAUUAAAAGUCAGAUCUACUAAUUACUAGCAGACCCAAGGUGACCCAUAUGGACCCCACCUCCAAGUCUGGGUUGAAUCAGGUGUCAGAUGUAGUGUUUGUCAUAGAGGGAACUGCAAACCUUGGUCCAUAUUUUGAAUCCCUUCGGAAGAAUUACAUACUGCCGACUAUAGAGUAUUUUAAUGGAGGACCACCUGCUGAAACUGAUUUUGGAGGAGAUUAUGGUGGCACUCAGUAUGGACUGGUGGUCUUCAACACAGUGGACUGUGCUCCAGAAUCCUACGUCCAGUGCCACGCUCCAACCAGCUCCGCUUUCGAGUUUGUCUCUUGGAUUGACAGCAUUCAAUUCAUGGGAGGCGGAGCAGAGAGCUGCAGUCUCAUAGCUGAGGGUCUUUCCGUGGCCCUACAGCUCUUUGACGACUUCAAAAAGAUGAGGGAGCAAAUCGGUCAGACCCACAAGGUUUGUGUGUUGCUGUGUAAUUCUCCUCCAUACUUACUACCAGCUGUGGAGAGCGUCAGCUAUACAGGCUGCACCGCAGACAGCCUGGUCCAGAUCAUUCGUGAUCGGGGGAUCCAUUUUUCUGUAAUUGCCCCAAGGAAACUUCCAGCUCUUCGAUCUCUUUUUGAACGAGCAUCCUCAGUAGCAGGUGCACCAGAAUCCUCACACCCAGACUACAGUCAAGACCCCUUUCACAUGGUGUUAGUCAGGGGCAUUGCACUUCCUGUUGCUCCUGGAGGAGGUUCUGGUCCAGUCUCCCUUAAACCUGUCUUGCCACCUGUGUCCCAUUCUCCACUGGGCACUGUAGCCCAGACUCCUCCUCAGAUGAGUACAGCCCUUCCAUUCCAGAAUCCCUCUCUAAACGCGGCCCAUGAUGCAGCACAGAAGGCGUUAGAAGCUGCAAAUCAGCAGCAGAAGAGUCGAUUUCCUCAAAUGCCAACACCUCCUUUCAGCCAACCACCAGUUCUCCCAUCAGGAGGUAAACCCAGCCUAUCUACAGUUACCACAGUGUCACCGCCAGUGUUAACACAGCAACAACCUCAGCAGCCACAACAGCAACCACAAGUCCCACCACCAGGCCCGCCCGCACCCAACCAGCAACCUCCUCAGGCUGCUCAGCAGCAGCCCAACAGUCAGCAGACGCCUCCACCAACUCAGCCUGGCAUGACUGCUGUUCCUGCACCUCAGGCUGGGGCACAGCAGGGCGUUGCCAACAAGAUUGUGGCAUGGAGUGGAGUUCUAGAAUGGCAGGAGAAGCCCAAGGCUUCCUCCAUGGACUCCAACACAAAACUUACACGCUCCCUGCCCUGCCAGGUCCAAGUCAGCCAAGGGGAGAAUCUAAAUACAGACCAGUGGCCACAGAAGCUGAUCAUGCAGCUCAUCCCUCAGCAGCUCCUGACUACUCUGGGCCCUCUGUUCAGGAACUCUCGUAUGGUGCAGUUUCUCUUCACUAAUAAAGAUAUGGAGUCUUUGAAGGGACUGUAUCGCAUUAUGACUAAUGGAUUUGCUGGCUGUGUGCACUUCCCCCACAGUGCGCCAUGUGAGGUGCGUGUGCUGAUGCUGCUGUACUCGUCUAGGAAGAGGAUCUUCAUGGGACUCAUCCCUAAUGACCAGAGCGGAUUCGUCAAUGGUAUUCGGCAGGUCAUCACUAACCACAAACAAGUGCAGCAGCAUCGCUCGAUGCAACCUGGACAGGUCCCGCCCAAUCAGAACUUCCUCAACAGACCGCCGGGCCCCAUCCCCGUUACGCAUGGCAACGUGCAACAGCAGUCUGUGGUGGUGGGCUUGCCCUCCGUCAGUCAGGUCACACUGAUGGAGGACCAACAGAGACAAAACAACAUGUUGAGAGCAGCUGCAACAGCCAAUCAACAGCCGCCAGUCUCUGGUGCUCCGCCCAAUCAGGUGGCCCAAGCUCAAGCCCAGGCUCCUGGUGGCAUGCUUCGUCUCCCAAACCCAGGCGCAAACCCCCAGCUCCGCAGUCUCCUCCUCAGCCAACAACCUGGUGGGAUGCAGGGCAUGCAGGGGAUGCAUCCCAUCCAGCAGAUGGUCCAUCCAGCACCAGGAGGGGGCGCUCAGAUGCAGGCUCAGUGGAGGCAGCCUCACCAAGGUCCACUGAUGAUCCCUACAGGUCCACGGGGGCCAGUCGCACAGAAUCCCGGGAUGCCACCAGUGUCGAGCGUCAUGGAGGACGAAAUUCUUAUGGACCUUAUCUAAGGACUGCUUUACCCAUCAUUCUUUGCUUCAGAGGUUUCAUUAUGGAAUACGAGAGUCAUCUAAGCUCUGUUCUUUUUACUUUUUAGUUAUAAGCAAGUGCGUAGGGGAAGAAUAUCGGUGUUUAGAGUGAGAUCAGGACUUUAUUUUGAUACUCAUGUAUUCGUUGAUGCAUUUACUUAUAAGCCUAUCACUGUAUCAUGUGAGCGGUAACAUGAUUGUUCACACAGAAGAGCAAGACGUUUAAAAAACAGGCUCGGCUCGGCUCUUUCGCCAUUCUACACCUCUUCUUGCCUCGAGAUGAAUCCAGUCGGAUCCGGUUACUAUUGUAUUUUUAUGAAAGUUUUACUUUCUAUUGGUUUUACUUUUUCUUAAUUUGUCUUUGGAAAUCUAGUAAUGUUGUUUUAUGAAAAUAAACUUAAUUUUCUCAAGCAA